CAGGGACGGACGCAAGAAGGUGCACAGAAAAGCUGCUGAGCAUUCACUGACAUGAGCACGGUGGCAGCUUGUAUCAAAUGGCUGAGCUAAAGGUCCUCUGCUUGGAGCGUCUAAGUGGCCAAUCCGAGAACAAGGAUCUCGAGUGGACUUUGAACCAUCAGCAAAGUUACAAUUCAGCUGGCACGGAUGAAAAGGCUCACUGUGAAUCAGAAUUGGAGGAGCAUGCUAACGACGCGCAGGGUUUUUCAGCACCGUGGACAGCGCCCAAGACUAACAGAAGACUUCGCAUGUUUGACGAAUGGGGACCAGACGAAGAAGUUCAUAUAUGCCACGAUAAGGAGUUUGAGACGGAAUUCGCCAGUAUGAACGACGUCGGUUGCCAAAGAGACAGUCCACAACACUCACGAGAUACUGACUCUGAUAACUUAAGCGGCGGCGCUUUGAAUUAUCGCCAGGAGAGUUCCUCGGACCUCUCCAUAUUGGACGAAAACGAUUUUGCAGCGGAAACGCCCGAAAAAUCGGUGGAUUACGGAUUCAUAAGUGCUGUAACGUUUUUAGUUACGGGAAUAUCUUUGGUGGUGGUUUCCUAUACUGUUCCACGUGACGUCAGAGUGAACCCCGACAGCGUUUCGGCUCGUGAAAUGGAACGCCUCGAGCGGGAGAAUGCCAGGGUGGGCGCCCACCUGGAUAGAUGUGUAAUUGCUGGGCUUUGUCUCCUCACCCUUGGUGGUGUGGUGCUCUCAACCUUAUUGAUGAUCUCCUUAUAUAAAGGCGAAAUGAUCAGGAGACAGGCUUUUGCCUACUCAAAGCACUCAGCUAAACUCUAUGGUUCAAUCAGCGUCGGUGGCGUUGGGAGUCCAAGCAGAGUUCCGUCACACUUGUCUCUUGAUGAUGAUGAAAUACCUGUUGAAAUCUCGACCUGAACCUGUACUGCGGUAACCGUGUGUGCAUGCUCUGGUCUAGGCAAGUCACUGACAAUAACUGUCAGUACCAAAUAAAACAAUUUUUUGAACAGUCCUAUAAUUCUUCAGAGGACAAGGAAACCAAAUAUUAAAUGUGUGUGUGGUGUUGCUUUGUUAUAGAAUGAACCCUGAAAGUAAACUAAAUGCUAAACCAUGAAUGUUUGGAGAAACAGCUAACUAUGGAAUCUAUGUCAAGUUCCUGUGA